UGUAAUAAAUUCCGUCUCAAUUUAUAUGUUCAUUUAUAGUUUUAGUUUCCUCAUAUUCAAAGAACAAGACAUCUACUCCAACACAUCUUUGGAUAUGAUUCACGCGAUUUUAAAUGUCGUUUUUCCUCUUGUUUCGGUCAUCUUGUUCAUCGUCUUAGUUCCUGCAUUUUGGUUGUUCAAUCUCUUAAGGUUCUGCUUCAAAUCUAUGUAUCCCGAACAACUUGCAGGAAAAGUUAUACUCAUCACGGGUGCUUCAACUGGUAUUGGCGAGCAAUUGGCGAUUGAGUUUGCGAAAGAAGGAGCGUGUCUAGCGUUAGUCGCAAGACGAGAGAAGCAACUUAAUCUUGUAGCACAAUAUGCGAGUUCAAUAGGAUCACCAAAUGUGAUUGUGUUGCCUGCGGAUGUUUCCAAGCUUGAGGAUUGUAAAAGAUUUGUUGAUCAAACCAUCAAACAUUUCGGUAGAUUGGAUUACCUCGUAAACAAUGCUGCUAUUUCGACAUUUGGUUUAUUUGAAGACCAAACUUGUGCCCUCGAUCACGUUUCGGUAAUGGAUGUAAACUUUUGGGGAUCAGUGUACACCACGCAUUGUGCACUUCCACAUUUACGGCGGAACAAAGGGAAAAUCAUCACGUUAUGUUCUUGUGGGGGUUGGUUCGCCACCCCAAGAGCAAGCAUCUAUAAUGCAAGUAAAGAGGCAUUGCUAAGUUUCUUUGAAACUUUGAGGAUUGAAGUCGGUUCGAAUGUUGGUAUAACAGUAGUAACUCCAGGAUUGGUCGGGACACAAUUAACCAAUGUGGAACGAUUAGAGGAGUCAAACGCGUUGUGGAUACCAAGGUUGUCAGUUAAAAAGUGUGCAAAGGCGAUUGUUAGUAGCGCUAAACGCGAGGAUAAAUAUUUGACUGUGCCUUCAUGGACGAAGACAAUAUUCCUAUGGAAGAUAUUAUGUCCUGAAAUUGUUAACUCAAUUAUGAACUUUGUGUUCAUAUCCUUGGCAAAAAGAAGAAAGAUUCAAUAA